AUGGAUCCCCAACCUACCAACGAGCUAUUAACACCCGAAAUACUGGUUGAGGAACCUACGCGCGGGGGAGCUAUGCCUAACCAUGAUGGAACGCAGGUUCUCUAUUACGAGCGUAAAGCCCCAAUUGGCGGUGAAGUAUCCGUUUGCUGGAAAACUAUGGACAUCGCAACCAGAAAAUCACAAACCCUCAUCACGGAUGAGCUUGCAUAUGAAGCAGCUUGGUUGGCAGACGAGCCCAAUACGGUAAUAGCCAUGAGCAGGGCCGAGUGUGCUCAGAACCAGACCCAGGUCGCAACGUACGAUAUCAAGAGGCCGGAUGUGAAAAGGCAAACCGCCCGUUUCUUCGCGGCACUAUCCGACCUCAGAGUGGCGCGUCUCAAAAACGGCGAUAUUGCGUUCGCGGUAUUCGGUCCCGUAGGGGUAAAUAAUGAGCUGCGCAACGAGACAAAUUAUACGCAGCAAAACCAUACCGGGUGGGUAUAUGACACUGAUGACGUGCGAGAGAUGGACGAUUACGUAUAUCAGAAAAAGCUUUCAAUCUUCUACUCGGUUUUGAAGAAGUCUGAGAAGGGAUGGAAGCUAGCUGGAUCAUCCCUACAUAACGCUCUUAUCAACACAGACCUCAACCCAAAAACAUAUAAUAUAUUUCACGGAGCAAUCGCAUUCGUAGCCGAGGAUCUUGGUGUGGAACAUCUGCCAUCACGAGUCUGGCACACCUACCUCCUUCGACUAGAUUCUUUUUAUAGGGCUAGCACUCACGGGCCUAAGAAAAUAGAACUACCGGAUGAAAGCCCGGACGAGAGCCGUGACUAUAGUACAUCCUCCUAUUUCAGCUCCGAUGGAUCUCAGGUCUUGUUCUUGAGAGGGGACAACAUCCAUGUCUACCGGCUUGGCGAACGCAAAUCCGUCAAGGUGCUUGAUACGUUGGCGGAUGGGAAAUGGUCAUUAACCCCAACGGCGGCCAAGUUCGCUCCUAGUGGCAAAGCCCUAUAUGUCACCGCUGAAGACCACGGAAGACAAAAUCUUUACAAGAUCGACCUACAGCCAAAUGCAAAACCCAAGCUGCUUUUCCGCGGCGGUAGUGUGGAAAUAAUCCGCCCUCUCGGCAAAGACGACGAACAGGUUCUUGUAACCAGCACAAGUCUAGUAGACAGCUCGCUAUACAGUAUCGUCUAUACCGACGAAAGCCGCGAGCCUAGGGUGCUUUCAUCGUUUUCGAACUACGGCGCUCGACUUGGUAUUUCCUCGAAGCAAGUUUCAGAGGUACACUUCAAAGGUGCUGGCGACUACCAAGUCCACGCAUGGAUGGUAAAGCCUAGCUACUUUGACGAGAGCCGAAAAUACCCCUUGGUUCUUCUUGUACACGGAGGGCCCGAGAGUUCCUGGAUAGACGCUUGGGGCCUUAGCUCUAAUUUCGCUCUUUUUGCUGAACAAGGCUACAUUGUUGUAGCCCCGAAUAUUACGGGCAGUACAGGCUUUGGUCGGGAAUUCACAAAAGCAAUACGAGAUAACUGGGGCGGUCGUCCAUAUGAUGAUCUAGUCAAAUGCAUGGAUUACCUGGAGCAUAACCCCAAUAUCGAUAUUGAUAAAGCCGUCAUGAUAGGCGCCAGCUAUGGAGGAUACAUGUGCAACUGGGCCCAGGGCCAUCCACUUGGCCGACGUUUCAAGGCCAUGGUUUCCUGGGGCGGCAUCUUCCAUCUGCCAACCUACUUUAUGGAACGAGAUGUAUUCCUAAGCUUCGACAAAACAGACGAAUUCAGCGGUUCGGAAAUCCUAUGGAAGAACCCCGAAGGUUUAGAGAAGUUUAACCCAGCACGCCCAGAUCUCCUCCCCAACUGGAAGACCCCUAUGCUCGUCGCCCACGGCAACGAUGAUUAUCGGUGUCCAGUUACCGGAGGCACAGCUGCAUUCCGUACGCUACAGCUACUGGGAACACCGUCUAGACUCCUUGUAUUCCUUCAUGAAGGCCACGGCGUUAAUAAGCCCCAGAACAUCCUCAAAUACCUUCGGGAGGUUUUUGCCUGGAUUAAUAAGUACACAGGUCUUGGGAAGGAGCUGCUACGAGACGAACAUGAGUUAGCAACAUCCCUUGGGGAUCGUUAUCUCGGUCCAGGUUGGGGACAGCGCGAUCAUUGGACAAGCGACUGA